AUUUGUUGUGUGGAGGGACCGGAAAAGGAGUGGGAUUCUUGUCGCUAUGUGGAGCGGUCGAAGGCUGAGCUCUUGUGGGGUUCGUUUUUUAGAAACUCUUGGCUCUGGGUGUCCCAGCGCAGUAGCCGAAUCUCCUCGUAUGACUUCAUGGUCGGGUAACUCAGGGAAUCAGCUCACCAGGAAUCUACAGAUUAAACCACGGAAAUUCAGUGAACACAGGACCAUGUGGUUUAGAUCCUACAACAUGACUUUUUCCUGUCUGACCAGAAUGAAAGCUUACAGAUCCCCUUGGCAAAGCUUAUACAGUACUUCACAAACAACAGUUGACAGCAAGGAGGUGAAAACCUUCCUGGCCCUGGCUCACAAGUGGUGGGAUGAACAAGGAAUAUUAGCACCUCUUCAUUCUAUGAAUGACCUGAGGGUGCCAUUCAUAAGAGACAAUCUUUUGAAAACAAGUGCUAGUCACCAUCCAGGGAAACCUUUGUCUGGGAUGAAGAUUCUUGACGUUGGCUGUGGCGGCGGCUUAUUAACUGAACCUCUAGGGCGACUGGGGGCUUCAGUUACUGGAAUUGACCCUGUGGCUGAAAACAUUAAGAUAGCGCAGCACCAUAAGUCCUUCGAUCCAGUCCUGGAUGAGAGGAUAGAGUACAAAGUGUGCUCCCUGGAGGAGACCGUGAAUGAGGCUGCAGAAGUCUUUGAUGCUGUUGUGGCUUCUGAAGUUGUAGAGCAUGUGAUCGACCUCGAGCUGUUCAUACAGUGCUGCUAUCAAGUAUUAAAGCCUGGUGGCUCGUUAUUCAUCACUACAAUCAACAAAACACAGCUGUCCUAUGCCUUGGGCAUUGUUUUCUCAGAACAAAUCAUGGGCCUUGUUCCAAAAGGCACUCACACAUGGGAGAAGUUUGUUUCACCUGAAAAGCUGGAGAGUAUUCUAGAACCAAAUGGUCUGUCAGUUCACACCGUGGCAGGAAUGCUCUACAAUCCCUUCUCGGGCUACUGGCACUGGAGUGACAAUACCAGCCUUAACUAUGCCGCACAUGCUGUGAAAUCCAGUGCACAGGAGCACCCUGGGCCUGCCGCGUCUGCUUUACAGGGGGACGCAGAAACGCUCCAUGCGAAUGCCUAGAGCAGCCCGCGAGUACAUGAAGAGCUGCAGAAAUGAGAUAGCUCUGACGACAGUAGUAAUGUGCUUAACAGUUUGUUGUUUACAGAUUCAGAAAGCUUAUUUCUUUCAACGAGAGCCUGAAGAACAAAAGGUCAAUAAAAAUAUCUAAAUCAUUGGAGAAAAGUUUUUGUGUCACCUAGGAGACACUUGGUGAAAUUUUCUCAGGAGGUUUUGUCAGGUGUGCUAAAGGAGCUUUUAUUAUAGAAAUAUGUGUGCUCACUUCAUUUCAUUCUACAUACUAGGCAUUUCGCACAUGUGUGUACAAAACAUAUGCUGUUAUUUAUUUUAACCAAAGAAAUCUCUGUUGUUUGUGGUAUUUCUGUAUUUUUGGUUAAAAGAAACACCUGCCUAAAUAAAAGCUACUGUAAUUUAUAUUA